AUGCGAGCUGUACUCCAACGAGUCCUGAACGCUAGCGUUACAAGGCUUUGCGUUCUUGUUGGCAUCGCAGCCGAUGAUACUGAAGCUGAUUUAGAGUACCUUAUAAAAAAAAUUCUUAAUGUUCGGGUGUUUGAAGAUGAAACUGGAAAAAAGAUGUGGGCAAGAAAUGUUAAAGACAUGGGGUUAGAAAUUUUAUGCGGAAACAAGCCUGAUUUUCAUUGUUCUAUGAAAGCAGAAUUUUCGAAGGAGAUGUAUGCGAAUUUUAUAAGUAGAAUGAAACAGGAGUAUUUUGAAGAUAGAAUAAAAGAUGGAGUUUUUGGUGCCAUGAUGAAUGUUUCUCUUGUAAAUGAGGGACCAGUUACAUUAGAACUGGAUUCGCGUAAAUUCGCCUACACUGAAAAAAAAGUAUCUUCGUCAAAGUCUAAAGUAGAGAUAUCAAAGAAAUAA